CCCCACCCGUUGCAGGCUAAUCGUAUGUUCCAGACCCCCUCCGACCUCACACGCUUCCUUCACAGUAGAACCCUGCUUUUCUCUGUCUGGUUCUCAUUUUUACAAAAACCCUAGUGUCCGUACCGAAUCUUGUCGCCGACUUCACCAUGGAUGCUGAUGAGAAGAAAAUGAUAGAUAUUGAGGAGGAGAUACGUUCUUUGCAGCUUGACUCGGCAGAAGAAGAAAAUAAUGGGGUUGUUAAUCCUGAGGAUGCAAAGGCAGAAGAAGUUGAGGAAGUGGAUAAGAUGGAGGAAGAUUCGAAGGAAGCUGUCCAUAAAGAGGCAGUGCAGGUUGAACAAAAAGUGAAAGAUAAGGAAAUCUCUGCCUCAGUUAAGCCAGUGGUUGAGAAGGAAUUACCCAAGAAGAGGCACUUGAAUGUUGUCUUUAUUGGCCAUGUUGAUGCUGGUAAGUCCACUAUUGGAGGCCAGAUACUUUUUCUUAGUGGUCAGGUGGAUGAUCGUACAAUCCAAAAAUAUGAAAAAGAAGCAAAGGACAAAAGUAGAGAAAGCUGGUAUAUGGCGUAUAUUAUGGACACUAAUGAAGAGGAGAGAAUCAAGGGUAAGACAGUUGAAGUUGGAAGAGGUCAUUUUGAAACUGAGACAACAAGAUUUACAAUUUUGGAUGCCCCGGGUCACAAAAGUUAUGUCCCAAAUAUGAUCAGCGGUGCAUCUCAAGCUGAUGUAGGCGUACUGGUAAUUUCUGCACGAAAAGGGGAAUUCGAAACUGGAUACGAGAGAGGUGGACAGACCCGUGAGCAUGUUCAGCUUGCAAAAACCCUUGGUGUGUCUAAGCUGCUUGUAGUUGUGAAUAAGAUGGAUGAUCCUACUGUCAAUUGGACAAAGGAAAGGUACGAUGAAAUUGAGUCAAAGAUGAUACCAUUUUUAAAGUCUUCAGGAUACAAUGUCAAGAAAGAUGUCCAGUUCCUGCCAAUAUCUGGUCUGCUAGGUACAAACAUGAAAACAAGAUUGGAUAAAAACAUUUGUCCAUGGUGGGAUGGUCCCUGCCUCUUUGAAGCCCUUGAUGCCACUCACAUUCCUCAACGAGAUCCCGAAGGUCCAUUUAGGAUGCCUGUUAUAGACAAAUUCAGAGAGAAGGGAAUUGUUGUUAUGGGAAAAGUAGAAUCUGGUACUGUGUGUGAGGGAGAUUCCUUGUUGAUAAUGCCAAAUAAGGCUCAUGUUAAAGUUAUUGAUAUUUACUGUGAUGAAGAUGAGGUCAGAUAUGCAGGGCCAGGUGAAAAUGUACGGGUUAGACUAACUGGGGUUGAAGAAGAGGGCAUAUUAUCUGGCUUUGUGUUGUCAGGCAUUGCUAAACCAAUACCUGCUGUUACUGAGUUUGUCGCACAGUUGCAGAUCCUUGAGUUGGUGGACAAUGCAAUUUUUACAGCUGGCUAUAAGGCUGUCUUGCACAUUCAUGCUGUUGUUGAAGAAUGUGAGAUUGUUGAGUUGUUACAUCAAAUUGAUCCAAAGACAAAGAAACCUAUAAAAAAGAAAGUUCUCUUUGUGAAAAAUGGUGCCUUUGUUGUUUGCCGCAUUCAGGUGAAUAAUUUAAUAUGCAUCGAGACGUUCACAGAUUUUCCUCAACUUGGAAGGUUCACUCUUCGUACUGAAGGAAAAACAGUUGCAGUGGGAAAGGUCACCAAGCUUUUAUCAAGUAUUUAAACAAUUUUGGCACAAGAGUUCAUUCUUUCACAAAUUUGUCAAAUUGUUUUGUGGGAGGGUUGCCUUCAAUUCGUCAUCUCUUGAUCAAAGGUGCAUGAUUAUUUGUGAUUGUUAUCUCUCUGCCCGAAAUUUGUUUGUGAAACCAAAUCAAAUGGCUUAAUAGACUGCCCUGUAUGACUUUGAUGAAUGUUAGGGGAACUCUUUCCACAAAUCUUGGAUCACAUAAACGAAGGAGACAACUUAUCACAAUCCCUUUAUCAUGGAAUUACUUUAUUUGGAUUUGGUUUAUAUGUUUGACAGUUUGACGUGGUAUUUAUGAUUGUUAGGCAUUCAGAUACGCUGAUUAGGAAAAGAUGAGUCUUUUCUGAUAUCAUAUGAUUAUUUUUUGACAGGCAACCUUACUCUGGGACAUAAAUGUUGCUGCAUUUCAUGGCAGCCUUAAGGGGUCCUAAUUUACAGCAACACAUGCAACUCAU